ACAUCCGAGCAGAAUGCCGUUCAGAGUUCCACCACUAGUCCAACCAGCACGCACUCGCCGGAGGGGUCGAACGAGAAACAGCGCAAGAUCAACCGCGGAGACGGCAGCAAUAAAAUGGCGUACAACACCGAAGCCACCGGUAGUAACAACGUGUUACGUAGAGAGUCGAUAAAGAAGCAAGGCGCCGGCAACGAGGUGUACUGUCCUUCGGGAGAGAAGUGUCCCCUGAUCGGCUCGAACGUGCCUUGGGCAUUCAUGCACGGUGAGAUCGCCACCAUCCUCGGCGAGGAGUAUCAGAAACUGUCCGUACCAUUGCUGCCGACCACAAAGAAGGAGAAGGACGGCUCGCCGUCCUCGUCCACUAGCAAUGUACUAUAGGG